CCCAUCCCCAUCCCACCCCACACCGGUGACCCCUUCAGCAUUGCUCUCCUUGUGCAGGAUGACCCCGUGACCAACCUGAACAACGCCUUCGAGGUGGCAGAGAAAUACCUGGACAUCCCCAAGAUGUUGGACGCCGAGGACAUUGUCAACACAGCUCGCCCCGACGAGAAGGCCAUCAUGACUUACGUGUCCAGCUUCUACCACGCCUUUUCAGGGGCUCAGAAGGCGGAGACGGCGGCGAACCGCAUCUGCAAAGUGCUGGCGGUCAACCAGGAGAACGAGCACCUGAUGGAGGACUAUGAGAAGCUCGCCUCUGAUCUCCUGGAAUGGAUCCGGCGCACCAUCCCUUGGCUGGAGGACCGAAGCCCCCAAAAAACCAUUCAGGAGAUGCAGCAGAAGCUGGAAGAUUUCCGUGAUUACCGGCGUGUCCACAAACCCCCCAAAGUUCAGGAGAAAUGCCAGCUGGAAAUCAACUUCAACACACUGCAGACCAAACUGAGGCUCAGCAACCGGCCAGCCUUCAUGCCCUCCGAGGGGAGGAUGGUGUCGGUGAGCAGAGCUGGGGGAAACCGUGGCAUGGGGGGGGGUGUGGGGUGAUGCUCCUGGUGGCUGAGGACCCCCAGACCCUCCCCAUGGGGAAGCUGGGUGCAAGGGGAGAGCCAGACCUGCUCCAGUGCCCCCAGACCCUCCCCAGGGGGAGACUGAAUGUAAGAAGAGAGCCAGACCCUCUCCCAAUGCCUCCAGACCCUCCCCAGGGGGAAGCUGGAUGUAAGGAGGAGAGGCAGACCCUCUCCCAGAGCCCCCAGACCCCAUGGGGAAGCUGGAUGUAA